UAAAAAAUGACGGUAAUUUUGCAUUCCUAGAUGCGGCGCGCAGGCCUGUAAGAGUCUUAGUCAAUUGAAUCAGUAUGAAUAAUGUUCAAAGAUUACUUCAAAUAUUAUAAAAGCCGAAAUCCUCCACCGAAUAACGAGAAUGUAAUCGAUGUGCCAAACGGAGCUUCCCAACAGGUUAGAAGACUACCUGUGCAAUGUUCCAUACCAUACAACACUGAUAGAAGUAUCUUUGGAUUGAAGCCAGUGAAUUCUUGGGAGAUUUUCGAGCUCCCACAUAUUCCAGGGCUGAUUUUUAUUAAGAAUCCUUUCACCUCAUCUGGGCAACGUUACUGGAUCACAAGGUGCUUCAAGGAUUACUCGAGGAAGCCUAAUAAGUUAAAUAUUGAUGUCCAUGGAGUUCUGGGGGAGCAGGAGACGUGGUGGGAGGUUUGCACAAGAGGUGACCAGAGAGCUGCAGUGCUCAUCCCUAAACUUCGAUGGGCAACACUUGGAUAUCACCACAAUUGGGAUACGAAACAUUACACUGAAGAUGACAAAAUCGAAAUUCCAGGAGAUGUAGAUGAAAUGACGAAAGCCAUAGCGAAGGGCCUUGGGUUUGACAAUUUCAAAGCAGAAGCGGCUAUUAUCAAUUUUUAUAGGAUGAAUUCUACACUGGCUGGUCAUGUGGACCACUCCGAAGAUAAUCUUGAUGCUCCUCUUGUUUCUGUAAGUUUUGGACAGAGUGCAAUAUUUCUGAUUGGGGGACUGAAGUACGAGGAUCCUGCCCAUGCUCUUUUUGUACACAGUGGGGAUGUUCUGGUGAUGUCUGGGGAGUCCAGGCUGAGGUAUCAUGGAGUUCCGAGAAUCGUGACGGCCGGUAGAACACCUUGGGAUGAUGAACAAUCGAAGGAAGAUGAUGUCUUUGUGAAUAGUGAGGAUUGGAGCAAGGCUAGGAGUUUUAUUUCCGAAGCGAGGAUUAAUAUGAAUGUCAGACGAGUUUUAAAAUCAGGACAGAUGAAAUUGAAUGAUCAUGAAGCAGGUAGUGAAAUCGAUUUCUAGUUGAAUUUUGAAGAUGAUUGAUUAUUUAUGCAUUAUUUAAUAAAGUUUUAUCGAAAAGUAAA